CCCGUUUCCUGAUAUGGCAGUGGAUGUCCUUAUCAAAAUCAAGAUAAGAUUUCAAUAAAUUUGAGCGAAUUGACGCUCUGACUCGAAUUCCACGUCGUUUCCCUGCACUGCAACUUGGGAUUUCCCGAUCCUUCUAUACCUUCAAUUCCGAUAGAUAUGUCUGCAUCACCAGUCCCAACAUCAGCGAUUGAGCAGCUGGGAUCUUCACUGACGGGUACAUCUCUGAAAGAUCCAGUACUAGAAGCAACCACAAGCACUGACGUGCCAAUUUCCUCGCACGAACAAGUCGUUACACCGUGGGAUGUCCAAGGAAGCGUAUCUUCCGAUGGAAAGCAGCAAGCAAUUGAUUACGACAAGCUCAUUGUCCAAUUUGGUACCCGAAAAAUAGACGAGGCGAUGUUACAGAGAUUCGAAAAAUUGACUGGGAGGAAGCCGCAUGUCCUUCUUAGGCGUGGACUGUUUUUCUCGCAUAGAGAUUUUGACAAACUUCUAGACCGAUACGAGCAGGGCAAGCCCUUCUUCCUGUACACAGGACGUGGUCCCAGUAGCGACAGUAUGCAUCUUGGCCACAUGAUACCUUUCGUGUUUACCAAGUGGUUGCAAGAUGUCUUUGAUGUCCCGUUGGUGGUACAACUUACAGACGACGAAAAAUUCCUAUUCAAACAGUCGCUAAAGCCAGAGCAGACUAAAGCGUUUGGAAGGCAGAAUGCCCGAGAUAUCAUCGCUGUUGGCUUCGACCUUUCAAAAACAUUCAUAUUCAGCGACUACGACUACAUCUCAGGUCCCUUUUAUGAGAACAUCUCGAAAAUCUCCCGGCAAAUCACUUACAGCCAAGCCAAGGCUACCUUUGGGUUUACUGACUCGGAUAACAUCGGUCGAAUCCAUUUCGCUGCCGUCCAAGCUGCUCCGUCCUUCUCCAACUCCUUCCCACAGAUAUAUGGCACAAUUUCCAACAUCCCUUGCCUUAUUCCCUGCGCGAUCGACCAGGACCCGUAUUUCCGUCUUACAAGAGACGUCGCGCAGAAACUCAAGUAUCCGAAGCCAAUGACUCUGUAUUCCAAAUUCUUCCCCGCACUACAAGGAGCGCAAACGAAGAUGAGCGCUAGCGAUCCCAAUAGCAGUAUCUACAUGACCGACAAGCCCGCACAGAUCAAGAACAAGAUAAACAGGCACGGUUUUUCGGGUGGCCAAGAGACAGAAGAGGAACAUCGCCGGCUGGGAGGCAACACUGAUGUGGAUGUUAGCUAUCAAUAUCUGACAUGUCUAUUGGAGGACGACGAUGAAGUAGCAAAGAUUGGAGAGGACUAUCGUGCCGGACGAUUGUUGACAGGGCAGCUAAAAGCGAAGUGCAUCGAGGCUUUGCAGAAGUUUGUCGGAGAUUUCCAGGAGAAGCGAGCAAAGGUCACAGAUGAGACUGUCUCGGCGUUCAUGGACGCCAACAGGAAGAUAGUUCCUACCAUGGGGAAAGCGCAGACCGCGAAUUAGAAAUGGAUUAAGAAGAAUAUGCCAGUUUUGUAAACUCUCGUUCUCGUUGAACAUUCAGGCUGGAUGUCACGGGUACCUAUAGGCGUGUGUAUGUUCUAGGAUGUUUAUCCUUCCGAUAUCCUGGUUGAGGGCCAUCACAGGCGUGUGCUUCAGUCUCACAGUGAGAAAUGAACAUUGAACGCGGAGUCGUGGAGCAACCCAGGCAUAACGAUUCUGAGCUGACGUGUGUUGUUAUUCUAUGAACGUGGAUACGACGGAAAUAAAAAAAUACAUCCGAAAUUAGGCCUUCAUACAUGUAGAUGCUCGUUCCAAAGAAACUCAAGAAACCCCUCGCUGUACCUUACUUGCCAUCACAAUGUUGUAGCGUCGUGUCUUUGUCCUGGCUUGCCAGGAUACGUGUAUUCUGCCGAGACUUUGACAUUCAAACGCAAGGGAUUCGCCGUUCUCCGACGCCCAUGGUAUACAGUCAUACAUGUUAAUUUUUCAAG